CGCGGGGCCGAGCGGCGAACAUGGCGGAGGCUGCGGCCUCGGAGCCGCUGGGCCGGAGCCGGGAGGAGACGGCCUGGGUGGAGACGCUGCGCGGGGACUGCGAGCCCGAGCACCACUGGCGGCACCGCCGCGAGUUCCUGUUGCGCAACGCGGGGGGCUCGCCGGCCGGGGACAGCGGGGCCCAGCAGCGCCUCGUCUCUCUUUCCAUGGUGUGGGCCAACCACGUCUUCCUCGGCUGCCGGUACCCGCUGUCAGUGAUGGAAAAGGUGCUGGAAAUGGCUGAAGGCAUCAAAGUGACCGAUGCGCCCGCCCACACUACGAGAGAUGAACUGGUUGCCAAGGUGAAGAAAAGAGGCAUAUCAAGUAGCAAUGAAGGGGUAGAGGAACCUUGCAAGAAACGAGCUGUUGACAAAAGCAGAGAUUCUAAGGAUGUUGGAAAUGAUGCUAAGUUGACAAAGACAGAAGUUUCCAAGGAGACAGAGAGCAUGUUGCCAAAGAAAGAGGAAAAAGAUGUGGGAAAAGAUUCAGAGCAUUCAUUGUCAUCCUCUAUUUCAAACCAAGAAAAGAGCGCAGUGCCAGGAACGGGAACAGAAACAAAAGCAGCUAAUUAUGAAACAACUACCAAGCAAAAUUCAGCUGCAGCACCUGCUUCAUCUGGAACUGAGUCAAAAUUGAAUUAUCAUUCAAGUAUGGAAACCAAACAUGAAAAGAAGAGUACAUUGCUCGGUGCAGCGGUAGCGGCUACCAAGAGCGGCUCCCCGGCCAGCGCUCCGGCGGCGGCGGCUACCAAGAGCGGCUCCCCGGCCAGCGCUCUUACGGCAGCUUCCAAAAGCAGCUCCUUGGCCAGCGCUCUACUGGUGGCUUCCAAAAGCAGUUCCCAGACCAGUACUUCAGCCGUGGCUUCCAAAAGCAGCUCCCAGACUAGUGAAAGUCCUGCUAAAGUGUCAUGGAAGCCAUUAACAAGUGAAGAUGCAAAAGAAAGACAGCCUUUUUUCAAUAGACUGUACAAAUCUGUGGCCUGGAAGUUGGUUGCUGUUGGAGGUUUUAGUCCCAAUGUGAAUCAUGCAGAACUUCUAAACUCGUCCAUUCAGUCUGUGAAAGCCACUUUAGAUGUAAUUUUUGUUCCACUGAAGGAACUUGCCGACUUACCUCAAAAUAAAAGCUCUCAUGAAAAUAUAGUUUGUGAACUGAGAUGCAAGUCUGUUUAUUUGGGUACUGGCUGUGGAAAAAGUAAGGAAAAUGCCAAAGCUAUAGCUUCGAGGGAAGCUUUGAAAUUAUUUCUAAAGAAGAAAGUUAUUGUAAAGAUAUGUAAAAGAAAGUACAAAGGACGUGAAAUUGAAGAUUUGGUACUUCUUGAUGAAGAAUCAAAACCCUCAAAUUUACCCCCAGCUUUAAGAAAUCCUCAAGAGAUCCUGUAGGACACACAAGAACUGAGGGUUACUUUUGUACUCUGAAAAUGUAGGCUUCCAGAUAUUUUGUAUUUCUCAGUUUUACAGAACAAUUACAUUAUUGUUCCUUUCACGCGGUAGCAAUUGUAAAUAACUUCUUAUAGAUCGCGAGAAGUGUGCAUUUAAAGGUAUGCCUUAAUAUAGAGCACACUAGCGUGCUGUUUUAUUUGCUAAAUAGUCUACCUAAGUCUUCUAUUUUUAAUUAAAAGAUUAAGGUACAAUUUGAUUAAAGACUAAUAAUUUUGUAAUUCUUACGAUUUGGUGGUAGUGUGCUCAGUUGUCUACCAUGUCUUUUUAGCUGCAUAGGAAUGUAUAUAGGGACCAUAGUACUUGAAUGGUUGAAAGUUGUUAAAUUCCAAGGAAAAGGUUGUCUGUUUGAAAUUUGUUGCCCAUAAUGUUCACUAUUCUUGUUGAAAAGAGAGAAAAUAGUUGGCUGACUAUUUUUAUGAAAAGUUGUAACAUUUUAAAGUUAAUCCUAAAAUAUGUGAUCCUGUUUAACAUUAUUACAAUAGUAAAUUGUCAGUAAAUAAUGAUCAGGGUGAUUUCAACCACCAAAACUCUUUAAGCAAAUUAAACUUGUGAAAUACCAUUUACACUUUGUUUUUCAGAUAAACAUGGAUUUCUAUAUAAGCAUAUUUUAUGACCGCUACUAUUAAAAAUAAUAAACUUCUGGGAUAUCCUCACUUUUAAUAUUUUGUUUUAGCUAUUAAAUGUUUUGAAAACUCACCAUUUUGAUAAAUGUUAGUUACAUCUUUUUUGGAAAAAAAAAAUCUUAGACAUUAAACUGGGUCAGAAGCAUCUGUGAAAAUGAUCAACAGAGCAGUAUUUUUUUUAAUAUAUAAAAAGAAAACUAUACUGGCUUCAGUGUUGAUGGGUUUCAAGGUGUAGUUACUGGUGGUUCUUAUUGUUUUAUUAAGAUGCACAAGAGAUAGUAAUGUAAAACUAGAAUAACAAUAUUUUCCAAUAAAUAAUGGAAUGUAUACUAUUCCCAUUCUAUCAUCAAUUAAAUGUGGGGGCAGAGGAAAUGCAAGUGCUUCUGUUGUGUUCAGUGUCUUCUGAAAUGAGUUUACACAUAUUUUGAGCCUUAUUUUACUCUCUUUACACACUCAGUACUCACACUGAUAUCAGGAAGUUUCACACAGAGAUCAAGGGAAACCAUGGCCCUUUAGGUGCAGCAGUCUGGAAAGAAUUAUAAAUGGAGUGUAUAAAACACUGGAUAAUAAAAGUAAUGGCUGAGA